AUGUCGUUCGGAUCUAGCGAGUCCACUCCGGCGGGCCAUUCGCACCAAGUUAGAUGGUCUCUGAGCACGUACGGAUCUCCAAAGCUGACGCUGCUCGACUCGGAUCCUGAUGCGACGCAUUCCAUCAUUCUCAUACCGGGCUUGACCGAUACAAUCGGAAGUCUACCGUAUACAGAAGGGCUAGUCGAAGCGCUGAGCAAGCUGGGAAUAUCCGUCGUGCUUCCUCAACUGUCUAGCAACCUUGGAGGAUUCAAUUACGGAAGUCUGGAAGCUGAUGCGAGGGAGAUUGCGGCAGUUGUUGAUCAGCUUAGAGCAGCAAGUAAGAAAAAGGCAAUCUUCUUGUUGGGACACAGCACGGGCUGUCAGGAUGUCAUUACAUACCUCCUCGGGGACCGGGGAGCGGAUGCCAAGGUGCAAGGAGCCGUCAUCCAAGCCCCCUGUUCCGACAGGCUGUACUUCGACAAGACGGCAGGUGCGGAGGAAGUAGAGAAUCUCAAAGAAGCUACAAAUCUUGUACAGGCGGGCAAAGGCAGCACACUACUGUCUUACAAAGCUCCUUUGGCGCCCAGGCCUGCUAGAGCGGUGAACAGACACUCGGGCGAACCUCGAGGCACCAAUGAGUCGGCCAUCCUGGAACCUCCUCAGACCGCCUACCGGUACUGGUCACUCAACGGCAAAGGAGGAGACGAUGACUUGUUCAGUGGAGACUUUGAGGAGAAGGACGUGAUAAACAUCUUCAAGAGCGCUUUGGAUGGGCUUGCCAAAGAUUGGGCUUCUCCCGAAGGCAUCAUCGCUCCCGGUGACCCUGAAUUGCUGGCUUUGUGCGGCUCUGAAGAGUGAGUAUUCUGCUGAACGCCGUUGACGCGAGCUGUAUGCCGACGAAGGGUCUUGACGGCGCUCGUGACGUAAUAGCGAGUACAUGCUCGACCCCUACCCAGCAUCAGUCAUCGUAGACAAAUGGAAUCGCAUCGUCAAGGAUUCGCGCUUCAAGGCAAAGGUCUUGCAAGGGGCAAAUCACAAAGUGGACGCUGCACCCGCUCAAGCUGAGCUGAUCACAGAAGUGGCGGGCCUAUGCGCCCGAGUAUUGAAUUUGGAGCAGCCAGCACUCGCCGAGGCGACGAGCGGCAUCUCAACCUUGACGCUAGGCAGCGUGGACCUGGCCAGGGAACAGCAAGCACCUCAGCAUCCUGCCAGCUUUGACGCCAUUGUAGAACUCAUAAGCACAGGCCAAGCUGACAAAAUUCCAGGCAUCAAAGACAUACCUCUCCAAGUGAGUCGUGGGGCUAGGACCGUCUCUUGGUCACCAUUCGCUCGUGUACCUCGCAAUCUUGCUUACGCUGGGAUCUUUGUGUACAGAUCAACCAGGCCACACCUUCUGAAUCCCAACUCAAACAGCCUCCAAAGCCCUGGGAGCAUCCGGGCGGGGUCUCAGAGAGUCAGUGA